GAGGAGGAGGAGGAGGAGGAGGAGGAGGAGGAGGAGGAGGAGGAGGAGGAGGAGGAUUCGACCUCCUUGUCAGGGAACGGGCGCCGUCGCGACCUACGCCUUCUUUGCCAGGCGGAGGCGCCUGAGCAGACAAGGCCGUCGUUCGGGACCAGCUUCAGGUCGGGUAUGUCCUCCUGCAGGCGGAUUUUGUCGGGGGCGCGCAAACAUGGAUUAACGAUCCAUGGAUUUGGAUCGGGGAAGGUGCCCUCCCCAAAAUGCGGCCGGCGCCGCUUUCUUCGGCGGCGGAAAUCCGGGAUUCCCUUUGGAAACGGGACCCGUCGCUAAGCCACGCCCCCAUUAAUCCAUGCCUGCGAUCGCCUGAGGAUUCUGGAAGAAAAAAUAACAAUAGUCGUAGGUUGAGCGUGUCCCCCGUCAGGCGGAUGUUGG